CUUCGCCCUUAAGGCCGCCGCGGUGCCGCCGGCGCCUCGCCCCGCACGGGGCGGUUGCGGACGGGAGACGCGUCCCCGUCUGCCCCCCACCGUACACUGCCCGGCGUGAGAGGCGGGGUGGCUGCGGCGGGGGACGGGGCAGGGCCCGGCCGGCCGCUCGGCUAAAAACAGCCCUCACCUAAUAAAGCGAUGGGGCCCGGUGCCCGCGCCCUAUAAAUACGCUCGGUGCGCGGCCGGCGGGCUUUGGCCGGCGCGGCUCGGCUCUGCAGGCGGGGCGGUGCAGCAGCACAGCAGGGCCGCCACUGCCGCCGUCUCCGCCGCCAGGACAGCCCCGGCUCACGCAUCCUGACACCCCAGCGAGAUGCCCCGGGUAGACGCAGACCUCAAACUGGACUUUAAAGAUGUCCUGGUCAGACCUAAAAGGAGCAGCCUCAAAAGCAGAGCAGAGGUCGACCUCACGCGCACCUUCACCUUCCGUAACUCCAAGCAGACGUACACAGGAAUUCCCAUUAUAGUGGCAAACAUGGACACUGUGGGGACAUUUGAAAUGGCUGUGGUUAUGGCAAAACAUGCAAUGUUCACUGCAAUUCACAAGCAUUAUUCUCUGGAAGAAUGGAAACUGUUUGCUGCCAGUCACCCAGAAUGCCUUGAGCAUGUAGCAGCAAGCUCAGGUAGUGGACAAGAUGAUUUGAAAAAGUUAACAGCUAUUCUAGAGGCCAUUCCAGCCAUCAGAUUCAUCUGCCUGGAUGUGGCAAACGGCUAUUCAGAGUAUUUUGUGGAGUUUGUGAAGUCCGUCCGUGCCCUGUUUCCACAUCACACCAUUAUGGCAGGCAAUGUGGUGACAGGAGAAAUGGUAGAAGAACUUAUUAUUUCUGGAGCAGAUAUUAUUAAAGUGGGUAUUGGACCAGGUUCUGUGUGUACCACUCGGAUUAAGACAGGGGUGGGCUAUCCACAGCUGAGUGCUGUUAUUGAGUGUGCAGACUCAGCACAUGGCUUGAAAGGACAUAUCAUCUCCGACGGAGGAUGCAACUGCCCAGGAGAUGUCGCCAAAGCGUUUGGAGCCGGUGCUGACUUUGUCAUGAUUGGAGGAAUGUUUGCAGGCCAUGACCAGAGUGCUGGAGACAUUAUAGAAAGGAACGGCAAGAAGGUGAAACUAUUCUACGGAAUGAGCUCUGAUACCGCCAUGAAGAAGCACGCAGGAGGGGUUGCUGAGUACAGGGCUUCGGAGGGCAAGACUGUGGAGGUACCAUACAAAGGGGAUGUGGAACACACCAUCCUGGACAUCCUCGGGGGGCUGCGCUCCACCUGCACCUACGUGGGAGCCGCCAAACUCAAGGAACUGAGCAAGAGAACGACGUUUAUCCGGGUCACACAGCAGCACAACGAGGUCUUCUCCUAGCCGAGGCCUCGGGCGCUGGAGAGAGGGCUGCGGGAAAAGAGCAGGAAGGGCUGCUCUUUUCCUUUGCUUCUCCUCCAUGUUGUGUUAGUGGCAAACUUCCCUCUCUCUCUCAGAAUGGCAGUAUCAUAGCCAUUGGCCAUGGCCGGGAUUUGGAAGGGGAAUGUCAUGCUAUUAACACAGUGCCAUUGAUUCAAAAUGCAAUAGCCUCAUCUUUUAUUGCUGUGCCUAUUUUAUUUUUUAAUCAACAUUUCUUCACCCGGUUGUUUCCCCCUCUGAUAAAUAGCUGCUGAAACCUCAGUUAACAAGGAAUUGGCUUGUACAGACAUGGCUGUUAACACCUGCACACAUUCACACAUUCCCUUUUUUAAGACUGACCUGUCAGCUACCACCACUUUCUGGCAGUGCACCUUUCAGAAAUUGCAGGCUGGGAGAGAAAAUGAUGCAAGGAAUUGCAUGGAGAAAUAAAAGAUCAAAUUCUCUUAAUCUUUUUUCUAGCUAAAGAAUGGAUGUUAUAGCACAGCUGCCAGCCUGCAAAAUGUCAGAGGUGGAUGGUAGAUGAGGCCUGGCUGCUAGUGACAUGUGAUGCUAAAAAUGCCAGAUCUCUGUCACCUUCAGUUCACAGGGCUGAUGUUGCUGUUCUUACUUAAACCUCCCUAUUCAGUGGACUUGCCCCUUCAGAGAAGCUGACACUGAAUGUAGCAAAAUCAUGCUGGCCCCCCGGCCCCCAUCUGAGGAGAUCAUUCAGGUGAACACUUUUUAGAGCUUGCCUGCUUUAUCAUGAGUGUAGUUACUGAAUUACUUGGGUUCCUGCUUUUACCUGCUCUCUGGGAACAGGUUUUUAAGACAUUGAAACUCAGCAACUGUAACCCUGGCAAGGGGGGAUGAUUCUUGCAGUCCUCCCUGUUCCUUUGCCUGCUCACAUCCAUUUAUCAAAGAUGUAAAAAGCUGUGCAGUGCAUUGUCUGUGGCCAGGUGGAGGAGGCCAGAGGGAUCACAUUGCCUUCUGGUUAUGUGGUACCACUCCUUUGCAGUCCUUGACAUAAUGUAAAGCAAGAGAGCUUUGGCAGAACGGCCUGAUUGGUUGCAAGACGCUGUCAGGCAGUGGAGUUAAAGAAUUUGCUCUAAAAGCAGUAACGAAUGUUUGAGACUCUGGGUGAUACUUCAGUAAAGUGUCAUGGCUUGAUAAUUAAUUGAUAAAUCACAAUGAAAAUUUCUUUGGAAAUAUGUGUAUUUGGAAAUACACGUUACAUCCACAUGAAUACCACAGCAGCUCUAUACGAUAAACAAUGUAAAAGUGAACACCAAGGAAUUAAUAGUGCUUGGCCACUUACUUUAAACUGCUGCUGAGAUCAUAAUGUAGCUGAUGUUACUUCAGUACUUCAGAGUCUUACUUCCCCUCCUGUAGACAUCUGUGGAAAGAGGCAGCCUUCCUUUGAAAUGCAAAAAAGUGAUCUAUAGGAAAAGGAAUAGCAAAGAGAAACUCUAGAAUUAAACUCAUACGCUGGACUGUGCAAAGGCCAGUCACCAGGACUGGUACAAUUGACCAUGCUAAGAAGCAAAUCCAGGCCACAAACUGAUCCCUGGUGAUUUUUAAGUGUGUUGUGCACAUUAGAAAAAGCACAGCACAUAUUCUGAAUCUCCUGGUAUUUUAAAUGUCUUCCGUUUAACAUGUAGGAGGACAUACUUCUUAAUUGUGGGAUGAACCCUUCCUCUGCUUUGAAGUGGAUGAGGGCCUUGAUGUGAGCACAGGUUAUGUUUGUGCUGGCUGCAAGGACCAUUUGUCCUGCCCACGUAUCAUAAAGGAAUGUGAAUGCAGAAGAGAAGCAGGCUCUGUGCAUCCAGGCCCUGAUCUCUGUUCCUGAGAGAAUGCCAGGCUUCUUUGCCACAGAAAGGUGCCAUGGGCCACCUACUGCUCUCAGCUGCCCAGAGCAGGAGCAGUGUGACCUCUCUGCAUCAGUACAGCUGUGGGACAGCACUGUUCCUCUAUUUAUGUGAUGUAAGGGGGAAGCAAAUGGACACCUCUGUCAGGAGAAGGGUUGGACCACCACAGCCCAGACCUGACCACAGGUGUGUCUCCACACUGGUGCCUUCACACGUGGGAAGUGCAGCACUAUGCUGGUCUCAUGCCCACUCUCACUAAUGCUUUUCUACUUCUUUUAGCUACAUUUCUAAGUGGAAUUUAAGAAAUACAUAUGCAUAUGAAUAUAUAUAUAUAUAUAUUUGUAAACAUUUUUAAAAAGAUCAUGCGCACACCAAACCAAGCAGCUUCAUAAUGGCCUCAGAACAGUUUCUUUUCCAAAGGGCAGGUGCUGGGGGUAAGGGGAGGCUGCCUCUCCACAAGUGUGGCAAAUGGGGCCAUUCUUACACCUGCUGUCCUUCCCCUCCUGCACAUACCUCUGAUCAGUGGCUAAUAGGAGAGGGACGGGCUAUUCUUAAGCUGUCCCCCAAAUUCUUCAGGCUGUGAAUGACAUUGAUGCCGUGAAUGGUGACUGGUAAAGUUUUGAUGUUAUGUGUUUGGUUUUCUGAAUAGGAGGUCUUACUAUUGUUUUGACAAGCAGUAUGUUUUAUUUCAUUUUCUCCUCUCUAAAAGUAAGCAGGAGAGAGAAAUGAGAUGCAGAAAGGCUGAACUGGUGGCAUGUCUGCAUCUCGCCCAGUUACAUGCGAAUUUUGUUCAGGAAUAACCCUCAGCUAUGUCAGUGCUCACCAUUGACAGCUGUACACGUGCAGCUCUGAGACAGGCUGGAAAAUACAAAAAGAAAAAAACAAACCCCAAAAAAACAAACCCCCAAAAAACAAAACAAAAAAGGGCAUUUGAGUCCCUCUUUAACACCUAUUCCUGUGCUGCAGUCGUUGCCCUGAUCUUCACUUAGCUCCAGGUCCUGUAUCCUGCUCAAGCCUGCUGCCACUCCCACAAGGAACUGAGACAGAGGGAGCCAGAACACACUUUGGCAGGAUGGCCAAGUCAAGACCACAACCACUGACAAAUGCCAUGUGCCAUUUGUGGAUCUACCUCACCUGCACAUCUAACUGGGUUUUUGUUACUUGGUGUCCUUUUUGUGGGAAAUGAAAUUUGUAAGUGCAUAAUAACUCUUAGUGUUGAGUGAUUCUGCAUAACCAGGUCUUCUCUAACCCUACAGCCCAACCCCAUCCUGUCCAGAGAAAUGCUGUGAAUGUGACAGCCUGUACUGUAGGCCAGGCCAGGCUGCUUCCCCUAGCCAGGCAAUUGUUGAGUUCCCAAGAACAGUAUUGAGGUUCUUGCUGGCUCCACAGGGGUGCAGUUUAACAUACCAAAGACCUACAAGUGGGGAUGCAGAAAAGGGCAACAUUACAUCAUGAAGCAAUCCCUGCUGAACAUGUCUGCCUGUGGCUUCUUGAAACCUCUGACACCCCUGGCACUCCCAGUCCUGCUCUGGGGUUGCCUUUGCUGCAGCACGUUCUGCAGGGCGGGCUCCUGCCCACAGAGCCUGGUUACCAGAACUCUCCUUGGGAGGGAAGGGCUGGGCACUGGAGUGGCCUCGCUGACUCCCCAGUGACUGUGGCGGCUGCGAGGAGUGCACCGCGCACGUGGACACCUCCUUGUAGGUGUGAGCAGUUGUUAAGCAGGGGGGGCCUUGAGCCAGCAUCCUGACAGAUGCAAAACAAGCCAUGCAGGUCUCCUUUCUCUGGGAGAAACACAUUCCCAUCAGAGCACUGGAACAGCCAGCCCCAGCGGCCAUGGGGCAGGGGCUGCAGCUGUGCUUUGCUGCAGCUUUCUUGUCCCUUAGGGCAUGGUGGGGUUGAAUGUAGAAUGUAAAUACGGAAAACCCUGUAAAUACAGAGUUGUGAGCAGGAUCAGAAGAAGCCUCUGUUUGCCUUUGGGGGAGCUUUUUCCAUAUAAAAUGUGCCUGUCUCUUCUUUCAGCUAGUUAAUAGCAGGGGUAGAAAGGAUGGGGAUAAGGAAGAAAUGUGGCAGCUGUUGGCCAAGUCCCACUGUGUUGGGACAGGUGCUUUCAGUCAAGUACCAUAUGAGAGUUUGAAGCUUUUCUGAACCAAGCACUCCCUACUUUAUACCUAUUGAACUCCACUCUGAUGACAGACUUGUUGCUGCAGCUUUCUGCCACUGUAUGUACAGUGUCUAUGCAUCACCAUCUCACAUCCCCCAGUGGGGGAUGGUGCUCUUAGUUGCUAAUACCAGUUUUACACCAAAAAUUCUUUUUUGGAGCCAGGAGGGCUUUUGCAACCAGUGCCAGGUUUGGCCUUGCGUAGAAGAGAGGGGGGAAAAAAAGCCAAAGCCCAAGAACAGCAGUUUGCUCUCCGCAGCAGCCAGGGCCAGCAGGUGGGAGAGGGCCAGCCCUUCCCUGGGGGCUGGGAGCUGCCAGGGUUGAUGCAUGUCUUGAGUAGAUGCUGGCACACCUCUGCACUCAGGACAGACCAUCCCCUGCAGCCUUAGCUUCAUUUGUGGUCACCCAGAUGCUUAAGGGAGCCCUCCCCAACAUUUAUUUGACCCAGUGUUUGCUGGCUAAAGUUUUCAUGCAUAAAUCAGCAAUGUUGCCUGUGAUAACUGUGAAGUGCUUCUGUGUCAUUGGCCAAAAAGCUAAUGGGCUUUCAGUGUUUUGCUGUCCUGCUGGGCCUCCUGAGAUGGUGAUGAGAGCGCUGCCCCCCUUCCCUCUGCUGUGGCAUCCCCGCGUGCGCCACCCAAUCACCCCAAUUGCACCCAGGUUUUUGUUAUGCAAUAAAGAGCUUCACCCUGA